AUGGUAGCAGACCAGCAGAUCGGGACCAUGCUCCUGGUGGUGUUCGCCACAAGCAUACCCAGCGCAGCAUCGCUCAAGACGCAGACCUUCACCAACACCCCGCAGGCGGCUGGCUCAGGAGCGUCGUGCACGUUGGCCGACACCUCUGGCUGCCAGGACAAAGACGUCAUCUUGUACAACCCGGUGACGAACGGAGACGGGAGCGUCCAGGGGUUGGUGACUUUCUGGGGCGGGCAGUGGGGCACGGUGUGCGACGACGUCACGGACUGCGACGCGCCCGGCGGGGGGACCAGCCCGUGCUCCAACGGCUACGUCAACGUCGCCGGGGGUCAGCAGUUGGCGGCGGUCGUGUGCCGUGAGCUCGGCCUGGACGCGAGCGGGGCCCAGGAGUACAACGCCAAUGGAGGUAGCUCCGGGUACCCGAUCCACGUGGACGGCACGAGCAACCACAUCAGCGGCUGCGCGGGCACGGAGGCGGCCCUUGCAGACUGCGCGUGGCUCCUCUACGGCAGCCACAACUGCGGGCACCACGAGGACGUGGGCGUCAUUUGCCAGCCUGCCAGCCCAACGAGCAGCCCGACGCCUUCGCCAACGCCUGCUCCGACGUCUCCUCCAACGCCUCCUCCAACGCCUGCUCCAACGACGGCACCAGCGAACUUGGCGCUGGAAUGCCCCGCGCAGCAAGGUCCCGGGCAGUGGAAUGGUUUUGGUGCCAGCUUAUGCGUCGACGGCAGCACGCGCGAUGAUAGUUCCCCGUUGAUCCCUUGUACUGGUUCAGUUCCAUAUACGCAGGGCGGAGCAUGCCAGUCUGUGUGUCACACGGACUACGGGGCGAAUCCGUGGUUCGAGGUGACGUUGGCUGGGGCAGCCACUAUUGAUUCGGUGAAGGUGGUGAAUGCGUGGACUCAUUGCUGUAAGGAACGGAUCGCCCCUUUCUACAUGCGCCUGCUCGAUUCAGCUGGAAGCGAGAUCUCCAGCAAACGCUUCUCCAGCACCCAGGAUCAGACGAGUACGAAUGGACUGGAGUUGGCGUGUCCGGGGUCAGCAGGGUGA